GCUUUGUGCUUGUUCUGAAGUUGACGGGCAGCUUUGGGUCUGGUCUCUGCUGCCGCCCAGCGUUCCUUCUGGGUACUGCCAGAGUGAGAAAUGGCCAGCCAAUCCCAGGGUAUCCAGCAACUCCUGCAAGCAGAGAAACGAGCGGCUGAGAAGGUGGCAGAAGCCAGAAAGAGAAAGGCCAGGCGUCUGAAGCAGGCAAAGGAGGAGGCACAGAUGGAAGUGGAACAAUACCGACGAGAGAGAGAGCAGGAAUUUCAGAGCAAGCAGCAGGCGGCGAUGGGCUCCCAGGGGAACCUGUCCGCCGAAGUGGAGCAGGCUACAAGGCGCCAGGUGCAGGUCAUGCAGAGCUCCCAGCAGAAAAACCGUGAUCGUGUCCUGACCCAGCUUCUUGGCAUGGUCUGCGAUGUCAGGCCCCAGGUCCACCCCAACUACAGGAUUGCUGCCUAGGACAAAUCCUGGAGCCUGUCUUUCCUGCUGGUUCCCUCCCUCAAAGAAAUCCCCAAAUCAAAAUCACCUUCCACCCUAAUCCUACUCUUCAUUUCCUAGAAAUUCUAGGAGGAAGGACCCGAUAACUCUGUGAAAUACAGGUAUACUGCUCAGACCUGAAUGUCCUUUUUUUUUUCAUUUUAUUUUGUUCAAGUACAGUUUUCUGUCUUUUUUCCCCACAGUUUUCUGUCUUUUACUCCCAUCCCAGUCCAUCCCCCCCAUCCUCCCUCCCAUUUCCACCCCUCCCCCCGUUUUUGUCCAUGUGUCCUUUAUACUUAUUCCUGUAUCCUUAUUGUUCUUUAACCUUCACUGGGACCUUGUAAACUCCCAAGUCAUCCUCAGCCAACCCCUCUGUGAAAUUUGUAGAAUGGAGAAGUAGGGAUGUAGAAAACAUCCUGACUCCAGAGCCUCGCAGGCUUGGGUCCUUCUUCUGACCCUGCUACUUGUUGGCUGCUUAACCAGGGCAAACUACUUAACCUGUAGCUUCACUGUCCUCCUCUGCUAUACUGGAACAAUUAUGCCUACCUUCCAGGGUUGCUGCAAUGAUUAGGAAUCAUUCUGCAAAGACCCUAGCAUGGUUUCUGGCAUGUAGUAGCUGUGAUUGAAUUAAUGGCAACCCUGUGAUAUUAUUACCACCCUGUCCACCUAACCACAGCUGUUUUCUCCUCUGUGGCUCUCUGAUUUUACUCACGUAU